CACGUGACUGCUCUCAUGCUCCAGUGAGCCCCGCCCCCUACCCUGCUGAUUGGCGGUUCGGCUUAAAGGAGCUUUUUGUAGUCAAGACAACGAUCUCUCCGCCCAUCCCGCGUCAUGUGAUCUGGAUGUCAGCUGGCCGGAAGUAAACAUGGCGAGGAACGAGGAGAAGCAGCUGGGGAAACUGAACCGCCUGUGGCUGCAGAGGGAGAAGAAAGAGGGACGAGUACGAGAAGUGUCCGGGGAGCGGCCGCGCCUGUCCGCGCUUCACACCGCAGCCGAUGUCCGGAGGUGGAUCCCCAGCAUCAAAACAGAGAUGGAGUAUUACCUGCAGCAAUCGCAGCUGAUUCAUUAUUCAGACAGAAAGAUUGAAGAAUUCCAAGAGAAGAUGGAAGCUUUGAAGAAGGAAUAUCAGCGAUAUCUGUGGAAGCUGCGGCGGCUGGACCCCGCCUGCAAGGAGCAUCCGUGGAAACCGCGCGGGUACACGAGGAAAAGGACGGCUGAUGGGAAGGUGCCAGCGUGGGUGAACACAGGUGAACACCCUGGUGAUGCGCUGCUCUCUACACCCAUCUUGUCCGACACCAGUAAAGAGUUCAGUGACCCCGAGGAGGAUGAUGGGAGUAGCUCCCGGAGCAGAGUACAAGAAUCAGCCGUGACGAACCUCGACAGUGUCCAUCUUCAAGCUCAAGACGCCCCCCUAGAGUUCAGUAACGCGAGGUCUCACCCUAAACACGUCUGGCUGAGGUCGUCCUAUAACACGGGGGGAGACACCGCCAAUAAACUGAAAGAGAUUCUCCUCUCUGAUCAUCAGGAGCGAAAGAGACUGAGUGCUGCAGGGAACAGCAUGGAGGACAGGACUGAAGUACAACCUGCUAAAAGCAACGGGAUCCUGGGAUUAGAUUGUUACUCGUCUUCUGAGGACGAUGACUGACGUUCACAUUAUCCAGGACACGUUUACAAGCCGGGGUCGUGUUGUGGACGAUUUUGUUACCGCAGUUUAGUCGCUACGUGGUGGAUUUAUUUUAGUCUCUGAAGAAAUAAACAUGGAAGGAAGUAA